GCACCUGUACAACAAGACAGACCAGUCAGUGACAUAUUUUAUCCAUUGUCACGUUUUCCCAGGCCUAUAAGAUGCCUCUAUGUCCUGAAAACCCAUCAGUCAUUUACACCUCAUACUUGACAGAACUCUGCUCCCUCACCGCUGAUCUACAGUGAGAAGCUGAAAUCAUGUCUCAAAAGAUUGCCAUGACUCAACCCCGGCCUAUUGUCACUGCCACCAUCUCCAACCAAUGGACCUCUGGCAUCUGUGAUUGUUGUGAGGAUGUUCGUAAGUGUUGCUUCGCUUUUUGGUGCUUUCCUUGCUUUGCCUGUAUAACUGCUCGUGAGGCCGGAGAGUGUUUGUGUUUACCUCUGCUGGACACUUUUGGCUGCAUCCCUCCCAUAACAACAGCCCUCCGGGUGUCUAUUCGCCAGCGAUACGGCAUCGAGGGAACGAUCUGCAAUGACUGUGUGUACUCCUUCUUCUGCGGGCCCUGCACGUGGUGUCAGAUAUCGAGAGAGAUCAAAACGAGGAAGAAUCCACUCAUCUUCACCAACCAGACAGUCUGAUCAAAACAAGAACACAAAGCUCACUCCCUCAUCGUUGCUGUUAGAAAAGACAUCAACACCAUCAUCAGAGCUUUGCGUUCAUCUUCACUGCUGUCAUGCUUUACUGAAAAAAACAAAGAGCUUUUAGGACUAAUUUUUGAACUGUUUCAAGCACAUCUGUCAUUGAGGAAUGUCACUGCCUGCUGAUUACAUGGGGUGAAACGUCAAUCUUUCAGCACUUACUGUAAUGAUGGAACUUUAGGAUAAGAUGUUAAAAAAUGGAGAUCAGAUGUAUGGGAAAACUAGCUAGUGAGGCAUCCAAGUCUACAUAUGAUUAUGUGAUAAUAUGAUGUGAUGAUCAAUAUACACAUAUACUGAUAUUUAUAAAUCUUGGCAAAUCUCACAAGUGGUUGCAGAAAUAUAUUUAUUUAAUUAUGGAGAUGUCAUUUUGAGUGGAGUACUAAACAAUAGGGACAAGACUGAAUUGUCUGUUACGUGUAAACAGGUUGGAUAAGUAUUGCUCAAGAUAGCUUUUAAAAGUUUAGAAGAAAGUCUGAUUGCUUGUGAUUUUGCAGUACUAAGCCUUAACCAUUUAUGGAUUUUUGAGUGUUCAUGUUGAGCAAAAACCUCUUUGAUUACUUGUGAUACGAUGUUACAAUUAGUAUAUAAUGUAAAUAACACUGGCUAGUUUUUAAUUACGUGCUUAUCUCACAUGCCUGUUUUUUACUUUGUACAAAAAAAAAACAAAAAAAAACAGAAAAAGAGUUCAAAACGUGAAAAGUGAAAAAAAAAACUUAAAGUUGCUCUUUGGUGCAGUGGUAAGGAUGUGACAACAAAAGAAAAACUUGACCGAGCUCUAAAAUUUAAAAAAAGCCUUUAUUAAAAGUGUUUAUUGCAUAGAAAAAGUUAAAAUACAUCUACAUGUUGUAGCACACUGCCUUCUUCAGGGUGACUUAUUAAGAUCAUUUUGACCUUUUCUAUGUUUUAGCCACUUUUAGUAAAGGUUUUCAAAAUUUUGGACCUCAAGAGUGACUGCUUUUUACUUGAUUGUCAGAGUUUUAAAUAAUCCAGUGUUUUGUAUUCAAAGAUCUUUUUCAAAACUCAGAAGUGCAAUAAAAUCCAUAAGAUUCAA